GGCGGAUGGUUGAAUCGAUCGAAGUAGUAGUAGUAUGGUAGUAGUAGUGGGUAGUGAUGGUGUGGUGGUAGGGCAACUACUGUCCGAUUGUAAGCGCAAGAAUGCGCCCCCGAGACGCUCCAUCCUGGAGUUGCGUAGAGUACACACAAAUGAUGUGCCUCUUGUAGAAACAUAACCAGAUUGAAGAACUAGUACGGUAACAGAUCACGUCGGCGACAAGAGAUCCUGGCCUGAUGUCUUGACACUGGGGCGUCACUUGACUUCAUCAAUAAAUAGUGGCGAGCGAGGGCGGCGAUCCUCUCUAUCUACUAAGUACUCUGGGAUCGAGAACGGCGAAUGAGUAAGAGACGAAAAGAAGGCGACACUCUUGAGGAUGGAUCCCCGGCGUAUUUUUCACGAGUUAGCAGAACAGGCAAAUUAGUCAUAGUUUUUACCAAUCCGAAAGUUGAAUCACUUCUCUUGGAACCGGCAUGAGGAGCGGACUGACAAUCCACUCAGCACCCUCUCGAGGUUGAUUUUACGAAGCUUGAUGUCAGUCGUGCUCUGGACUAGAAGUAGCCAGAGCUCCGUGGAGCCCUCUUGGCAGCACUUCCAAUACCAGCAUUCGCUCCAUUUGGAUUCGGCCAACAUCCGACAAGGCUCCGAGGACGAUGAAACGGAUGACACCGAUAGUGACUACUUGUCAACGACGGCCUCCAUUUGUGAUAGCGCUGAGGGCAGCGUGUUUGGGGCAGCCAAUUUAGGCUGUGGCGAUUUGGAGGCUUAUUUAUUUGGUGGGAGUUCCCCCGAGUUUGGAGAUGUCCUCAUGGCAGAUGAAGGCUCCGAUGAUCCGAAGACCCCAUCGCAAUCAACCCCAAGUAAGCGCAGGUCUCAGAGGUUGGAGAAGAAACAAGAAAAGACACUCUUGGACCCGCCGACGGCGGAAGAGUUCAGGUCCAAGAGACGGAUCUCCAGAGGAAAGAAUACCAAUUGUGACACUGCCAAGAGAGGGCGUCUCAUCAAACCGUCCAAUACCUCCCAUUCAUCCCAAAGUGAGGAUAGGAAAGUGAAUGAAUCUCUUAGUGCAUCAAGUUCUCAAAACUCCGAGGACAAGGAGGACGCAACCUCAACUUGCAGUUCUGAUUCCAAUCAAAGCGCCAUCAUCAUGGUGCCCACAGAUCCACAAGAAUGGACGCGUAGCGACGUUGAGAAUUGGGCAAAAUGGAUCACGAGAAAAUUUGAUUUGAAGAAAUUCGAUGUUCAGCAAUUUCCCUCUUCCGGAUCUGAUUUGUGUAAAUUGACCAGGGAGGACUUCAACAAUCUCACCGGUGACUCUUAUUCGGGAAGCACCCUCAACACGCAUUUAAGUAUUUUGCGGGGUGACGCUCAAUUGCCUAUCUCAGAUGAAUCCGAGAUCCCACAACAUGUAAUUAAAGUGAGACAUAGAUCCAAAGUGAAAAGUGGACUUUCUGAGGAGCAUUUGCUUCCUCCUCCGGCGAUGCCAUCAACGUCUUUGAGUGCUAGUCAAGUGCCAUCAACCUCAUCACAAUCAUUGUCAGUCAUCAGGUCAUCUUCAAGUAGUGUUCCCAAUCUCAGUGCAGCCAAUGUUCCCGAUAUCAACCGAGUUGAGAUCAAUGAGCACACUUAUCCCAUGUUCUUGCCAAAAUCUGGCGAUUCGGGUCAGAUCCAAUUGUGGCAAUUUCUAUUGGAACUUUUGGCCAAGCCCAAGAGUUACGCUCAUCAAAUCACUUGGGAGGGAGAUAUUGGCGAGUUCCGUUUGAGGGAACCCGACGAAGUUGCCAAACAGUGGGGAGUGAGGAAGUCCAAACCAAAUAUGAAUUACGACAAACUCAGUCGUGCCUUAAGAUACUAUUAUGACAAGAACAUUUUGACAAAGAUUCCGGGGAAACGAUACGCUUAUAAGUUCGAUUUCCAUGCUCUCACUUUGGCAUGUCGAGCUCAACAGUCUCCCACACCUUCAGAUACAAAGAUCUCCGACCUUACGGGAAUUUUGGCUCCGUUUCUUGGAUCACAAGACCCAGGGAGCGAAGUGCCCUCGUCUCCAUCUCAAAAUAGUGAAUCCUCAAGUUGCCCAACACCAGGACCCAGAAUCACAUCACCUCUGGCGGCUGAUCCGGGCCCAUCUCCCACUUCUUUUUGCUCAACUCAAUCUCUUCCCUGUAUUUCCUCCACCACCACAACCACAUCCACAAGUACAAUGCUUGGUUCUUCAAGCGCCGAGGAAAUGACCUUACCUCCACCGGCCUACGAUGUGGCGGUUUCCAUGCAUGAGGAUCAACAGCACUGCCAAGACCAAUGGUUGAUCCCAGAGCACAUUGAGAUGUCCGACACACUGUCCCUGGUCACUUCUUCAGAGCUAACCGCCCUUGAUAUCGUUCCCCCUUACUCAAGUGGAUCGGGUAUGAGUGGGGGAAGCGGAACAUGGUCCGCCAGUGGAUCAGCCGGUAGUGCAAUAAGGGCAGAUUUUGCUCAACAAUGGAAAUCUUGGACAGAUCCGAGCCACGACACUUGGCGAGCUUUUUCGUCUCCAGAUUACUCUAUUACUGGCCUUACCAGCCCUUCGCAAGAGAGCCAAGCCAGCCAAUCUUCGGCGGGAGAGAAUUCCGAAUCCGGACGGAGCACUUCUGUCCCGGCAGAUAUGCUUUACCUGAAUCCGGAAUUCCAAUUUUAGGUAAUCACCGCCUAUUCCGAUUUGUUGUUGUUUUGCCUGUGAUCAAGUGUGGCCAGUUUUUUUAUAUAAUCGCUUUCUGUGAACUCUUUCACUCCGCCUAUAUAUGUAUACAUAUAUUUUGUGCAAUAAGCCAAGACAGCCUUCAAGUAAAUCUCAUUUCCCUCCACUCUUUCAUGAAUCUAAGUCCUCGAGCUGGUCCAUGAAGCUGACAAGACCACUUAUACUUUGGGCCAUGUUUCCCUCCAUCGUAGCCUUGACAGUCUAUCACCCUAUUUAUCCGAGCGUAAAUCAUUUUCGAUUUUUGCAUCAUCAGAUAUCAGAGAGCCCGAGUCUUUCAUUGUUUUAUAUAGCUUUCUUGUCUUUCCUUUCUUCUUUAUGAGUCAUAUCAACAAACCAUAGCAAAAUUUUCCCGGAACUUGCAGUUUGUUGAAAAAGAGCUUUCUUUUGGAUCUCACCGCACUGUUGAUAAAAGCACCACCUUUCCAAUGUGGGUUUUAACGCCCUCUAUUUUGAUAUUAAUUAACCAAUAAACACAAAUAAGCAAACGAAUCUCCCUCCAAAGCAUUCUUGGAUCUCUGUUUCUCAGCCAUAAGCAAGAACAUCGUUCACCCGGUCAUGCUCUUUUUCAUCACAGUUACCACCACCUUGAAUAAUUACAAUAACCAUCACUUCCAUUACAGUAAACUUUUGGUUUCUUGUUUCCAUUAUCUUAAAUAUACAAAUUGCGUUUAUCUACCCGAAACGAGUCUGUGUUUA